GGUAAGGAUGGCAGAGCAUCUCCACAGCAGCACGUUGUCUGCCUCUGGGGCGACUCAGCCCAUCCCUUUCCUCACCCUUGAGCAAAAGGCAGCCUUCGUCUUUGUGCUGCUCCUCUUCAUUUUCCUGGGUCUGCUGAUUGUACGCUGUUUCCGCAUCCUGCUGGACCCCUACAGCAGCAUGCCUUCUUCCACAUGGACGGACUAUAUGGAGAAAGACACAUUUGACUACCGCAUUGCCUGA